ACAAAGCUUCGGUCUCGACAGACAUUGGUAUCAUUACAUACGCACUCAGACAAGUGCUACCGCAAUGGCACCCAACAGACAGAAGGUCGUUGCGUCCGGGCGGCCUGGCCGCAAGCCUGGACGAAUACCUAAGGCGCAGUCCGCCACGCCAGCGCCAACACCAGCAACGGCAGCAACGCCAAAGCUCAAGCUCAGGCUGACCUUCAAGCCGAGCGCUCAAGCGGGCACACUGCCGCCCGUUUCCGCGUACCGGUUUCCUCUGAGUGCACCACCUUCAGAUGAUGCUUCAGAGAAAGAGGAUGCCGAAGACAACACGUUACUAGGCACGUAUGAGCAGGGCAGGAGACGUGGCGCAAGGCAGAGGACGAAGGCCCACGCACCUGACAUGGUUUUUGGGAGUGAGAUGGACAACCUCAUCACGUCUUCUGCUACUAUAGGCAAGACGGAAGACGAGGAAGAUGUGCAGAUGGUCAGCUCGCCACCUACCAUUCUCAGCAUGCGCCCGCCCGAACGCUACAACUCGCCUGACACCAUCCAAGGCUCUGGCCUACCUCCUCCCCGCUAUACUGGUCCCGUCUCUCAAGACGUCUACGACAUCCUAAACACGCUCCAGUCUUCGUCUAAGAUCCAAGUGGAUCUCCCUGACAUGUUUGCUCCCGGCGGCACUGGGGUGGUUAAACCAUACACCAACAGCGUCCUGACGCAACUCUACGUCCAAUGCUACGAGACCCAGCUCUGGCACUUCUGCGACCUGAUUGCCGACACAUGGAUCCGUGCACUUCAGAAGGCGAAUAAGCGCACUCACAAGAGCAAGGACGUGUGGGACUAUAUGUGGAGGAAGAACGUGGCGCUGGAGAAGAUAUUUGCGGAAAAGAAGAAAGGGUUCAAGAAAGACGUCUGCGAAUUCCGCUUAGAUGUGCAGGAUCCGGACAUGGAUCGCGGUGCGACUGAUUUCAGCCCUGAGCGACUGCGCGAGCUGUACACUCACACUAGUCGGGGAUGUGGCGCUAGGCUGCUGUGGGCGGAUGCUAUGGCGCUGCGUGGGAGGAAGAUGGAAAACGACAUCGUCAAGCGACCGGAUGUGUGGCCAAGAGAGCUGUUCUUCGACGUCAUGUGCGCCAGCUUGCGCAUGGUGGGGAGGAAGUUGACCCUGAAGAUCGAAGAGAAGUAUGAAGGUGCGUGGUGCAGGUACCACGAGCAUGUUAAGCAUGGACUGCCAUGUUACCGCGAGCUGGCGUGGAUGCAGAAGAGCGGGAGGAAGGGGAUGGAAGAUGGCGAUGAGGAAGAUGAAGACGGGCGUAGACGAGGCCAGGGACGAGAAGCGGGCUCGUGAGGCUGUGGGCGGUGAUGAACAGGGUGAUACAAAGCGCGUACACUUCGAUACUGGCGAUGCUGCUGAUGCUGGGGAGGUCAUUGAUUUUGGGGAUAUCGAUGCUGAAGGCGAGUCCGAGAAGGAGGGCUAAAAGCCCAAGAGGAAGUUGAGAUCUCGGCGAGAUAGCGUUCUGGAGCCCUGAGCGUGGUUCAUGAGAGUCAUGAAGUUGUACGGUUGGAUACGAUGAAAAGCAUACGAUCAUCGAAUUGCUAUCUUACAUGGGGCACAACCAUGUCGCCGUUUGAGAAAACGUCCCAUUAUAGACAAUCCGAUGCAUGAAACGGCCGAAUA